CCGAGCGAAUCGAGGGGAAAGCUUUCGUUCGACGGGGAGCGCUUCGGCAGAAGAAUGUACAUGAAAUCAAACAGCACAAGUUCAUCGCUCGUUUCUUCAAGCAGCCGACUUUCUGCUCACAUUGCAAGGAUUUUCUCUGGGGCAUCACAAAGCAGGGAUUUCAGUGUCAAGUUUGCACCCUUGUCGUCCACAAGAGAUGCCAUGAGUUUGUCAACUUUGCAUGUCCGGGCGCUGACAAAGGAGCUGAUACAGAUGAUCCAAGACAGCAACACAAAUGGAAAGAUCAAACCUACUCGUCACCGACAUUCUGCGAUCAUUGUGGAUCGCUUUUGUAUGGUUUGAUUAGACAGGGAGUGAAAUGCCAAUCUUGCGACACGAAUGUUCAUCAUCGAUGCGUGAAAAAUGUGCCGAAUCUGUGUGGAACGGACAAUACGGAAAAGCGAGGAAGAAUGCUGCUCGAUAUUCGAGUUGAAGGAGGAGAGUUGAGGAUACACGUGAAAGAAGCGAAGAACCUGAUUCCGAUGGACCCGAAUGGUCUCUCUGAUCCCUAUGUAAAGUUGAAGCUAAUCCCUGAAGAUGUUGGAUGCAAAUCAAAGCAAAAAACGAAAACCCUCCGAGCCACACUCAAUCCCACUUGGGAUGAGAAAUUCACAUACAAACUCUUACCUACUGAUCGAGAUCGACGAUUAUCGAUCGAGGUUUGGGAUUGGGAUCGAACGUCGAGGAAUGAUUUUAUGGGAUCAAUGUCAUUCGGAAUUUCUGAAUUGAUCAAAGAGGGAGUGACUGGAUGGUUCAAGCUAUUGAAUGAGGAAGAAGGCGAAUUCUACAACAUUCCCAUUCCACCCGAAGUCGAGGAAGAGAUGGAGAAAAUGCGCAAGAAAAUGGAGGAAAUGAAUUCAAAUCGAGAAAAGAUGUCUCCAAAGCCGAAGGAUCCAAAUAAAUCACCGUCCCCGAAAAGUGAUGUCAUUAAAGCGUCGGAUUUCAGCUUCAUCACGGUGCUUGGGAAGGGAUCAUUUGGAAAGGUACUUCUUGGUGAGCACAAAGCGACAAAAGAGCUCUUUGCGAUCAAGAUCUUGAAAAAGGAUGUGAUCAUUCAGGAUGAUGACAUUGAAUGCACGAUGACCGAGAAACGAGUGUUAGCUCUUCCCGACAAGCCGCCAUUCUUGGUUGCCUUGCAUUCGUGUUUCCAAACAAUGGAUCGACUCUAUUUCGUGAUGGAAUUCGUGAACGGCGGUGACUUGAUGUACCAAAUUCAGCAAGCUGGCAAAUUCAAGGAGCCAGUUGCAUGCUUUUAUGCGGCCGAAAUCGCGGUUGGGUUGUUCUUUUUGCAUUCAAAGGGGAUCAUUUAUCGAGAUCUGAAGCUCGACAACGUCAUGUUGGAAAGAGAUGGGCAUAUAAAGAUCACUGACUUCGGAAUGUGCAAAGAGGGAAUCGUCGGCGAUGCGACAACGAAAACGUUUUGUGGAACGCCCGAUUACAUUGCUCCUGAGAUUAUUCUCUAUCAACCAUACGGCAAAUCGGUCGAUUGGUGGGCGUAUGGAGUGUUGUUAUUCGAGAUGUUAGCUGGCCAGCCGCCAUUUGAUGGAGAGGAUGAGGAUGAGCUUUUCACAGCUAUCACUGAGCACAACGUCUCUUACCCGAAAGCACUUUCGAAAGAAUCGGUCUCACUAUGCAAGGGAUUCCUUCAAAAGAAUCCAACGAAACGGCUAGGUUGUGGAGGUGCCGGGAAUCGGGAUAUUCAGGAACACACCUUCUUUCGAAGGAUAGAUUGGUUGAAAAUCGAGGCCAGACAAGUUCAACCACCUUACAAGCCAAAAGUGAGAAGCAACAUUUCGACAGAGAAUUUCGACACAUCUUUCCUCAAACUGCCCGUCAAAUUAACCCCACCCGAUAUGGCGAAAGCGCCGGACGAUGUGUCGAAUUUCGAUCCAGAGUUCACCCACGAGGUGCCCCGUUUGACGCCAAUCGAUCGCUUGUUCUUGAUGAAUUUGGAUCAAACCGAAUUUGAAGGGUUUUCUUUUGUAAACCCGGAAUAUGUGCACGAUGUA